AUGGAUCCAAUCAACUUUACUGAUGACCCAGUCAAUGCCUCUACUUCAGCAAGAAACAGCUCUCACCUUCCAGCUCCUGCCUCAAAAGUAAUCAUUGCUCUGCCUUUGUUCCUGUCAUUUAUAAUCGGCACCAUCACCAAUGGCCUCUACCUGUGGGUGCUAAAACUCAAGAUGCAAAAGACUGUCAAUACUCUCUUAUUUUUUCAUCUCAUUCUUUCGUAUUUUAUUUCAACACUGAUUCUGCCAUUUAUGGCCACUGCCUCUCUUCAAGACAAUCACUGGGCCUUUGGGGCAGUUUUGUGUAAGCUUUUCAAUGGCACUUUGUCUUUGGGGAUGUUCUCCUCUGUUUUUUUCCUCUCGGCCAUCAGUCUUGAUCGUUACCUUCUCACUUUUCACCCAGUGUGGUCCCACCAGCACCGAACCCCACGCUGGGCUGCCUGCAUUGUCCUUGGAGUCUGGAUUUCUGCCUCUGCCCUCAGCAUGCCUUAUUUGGUUUUCAGGGAAACACAUCGUGACCAUAAAGGAAGGGUGACCUGCCGAAAUAAUUAUGCUGUGUCCGCUAACUGGGAAAGCAAAGCGAAGCAGGCACUAAGGCACAGGAUUCAUGCGGCCUGUUUUAUCAGCCGCUUCUUGCUGGGCUUCCUUCUGCCUUUCUUCAUCAUCCUCUUUUGUUACCAACGAGUAGCCAGCAAGAUGAAAGAGAAAGGCCUCUUCAAGUCCCGCAAGCCUUUCAAAGUGAUGAUGACUGCCAUUUUCUCUUUCUUUGUGUGCUGGAUGCCCUACCACGUACACCAGGGCUUACUUCUCGCUGAGAACCAGCCACUGCUGUUACAGUGGACUCUGAUCAUCACUGUCGUGACUGUGUCUUUCAAUACUGUCUUUUCCCCAACUCUCUACCUACUUACUGGGGAGAACUUCAAGAAUGUAUUUAAGAAGUCCAUUCUUGCUCUAUUUGAGUCAACAUUUAGUGAUAUUUCUUCUGCAGAAAGGACACAAAACCUAUAUUCAAUAGCCCAAAUUUAA